UCGUGUCGCUUGUCCCAGUGGAGAGCGCGGUGCGAGCGGCAGCGGGUAGCGCGGCUGGGGAAGGAGGCCCCUGGAGAUGCGGCAGCCUCCCCGGGUGCCGAGGGUCACAGCCUUUUCCAUGGUGUUAAAUUACCUGUACUUAAUUAAUAGCAUGGGUGUGUGUGUAAGCUUUACAGUGAAGGGUACCACUAGUUCCAUUUUCACUUUUUUCUGUUUUCCUUCUUAAUUUCCCUCGUGUGGUUGAGUGGCGUUGGACUGACCGUUUUUGCUGUUUGUUUCUACUCAUGAAUGGGUGCUUAGUCGUGGGUGCUAAAAAUCAGGUGGUGAGCAUAAAUAAAACUCGGGAUACAAAAACUUCAGCUUGUGCUGUUUUCGGAAAUAGUCUGCAUUCAGGAUUGUGGCACAGUUUUCUCAAUGCAAAUUUCAAAGCUGUUCAGGAAACUGGUGCGUUUUACCAAGGAAGUUAUCAGGUUCACAGAAGUUUGUGUGAUGAAUAUCUGUCAGAGAGAAACUCCCUGAAACCGCCAGCUGAACGCAGUAAAGCACUCUGCUUAAAUCGGGUGGUGCGGGUAUUCAUUUUUUCCUGGUGUGACUUCAGCAGUUUUGACUGUGAUACAGUUGGUCUUCUCCUAAACUGGUGCUCUAAUGAAGGUGCCCAAACCAAUCAUCUUGGAUGUUUUUUGUUGACAGUUGGACAAUUGAAGUGAACUCUGGUUUUGUGUGUUGUUGUGGUGUAUGUUUCACCUUCAGCUUAAUGAGUUUUUCUACUGCUGCUUUCAAAAGUUCUAGCAACUUAAGAAAAUGAUUAUGUGAUGAGUCCUUUUCCUCUGACUUGUUCAGUUUUAUUGGGCAUCACCUAUUCUGUGAAGAGAGGCUGUUGACUUUUUGUGGGCUAUUCCAUUUACUGUCUGGGUUUUUAAAUACUGCUGGUAAGGAUGAUGGAUUGCGAGUGGUGGGUGUGAGGACCCAGUCAUUACCUGGCAUGGGGCUUCCUGAGAAGUUUGAUAGUGUGUGUGCAUAGUUGUAGCUUAUUAGUGGUCCAAUGGUAAGACUGCUCAUUGCAAUGGGAGAAUUGAACUCUUUAUGAGGGAGAAGGGAAGGUCUCUAAAUGCAGUAGCCUGUUGAGUAUAUUUAGGAGCUAGAAAAAGGUGAAUUAAUUGUUAAAAGGACAGCAGAGCUCAUGGAAGCUGCUGAGAACUGGCAGAAGAGGAAGAGCAGGUCAUGAGUCAGACAAAAGGAGCCUUCAGACAUACAUUGAAUUAACUUUGUGUAAAAAAUAACAAUAUGAAAUAGGUCAGGUGAUAGAUAUUCUGUGAGAAGAUCUGGUGCAUCACAGUUCCUCUCAAGGAAGUGUCUGCACAGGAAAGGGGUCACAGAUACACAAAGGCAGAAAUUUUCUGUAACUUUCUGUGCUUGGUUCAAGGAGUUAAGAGAAACCAAGACUUUUCAGAGUUGUUGUACUCAGGUGUUGCUAUCUGAGUAGGUUAAACCUCCACCGAGGCCUGCACAGACAAUAACAGAAAUAAAAGCCAUGAAAGCAUUGCAGAGGAAAUAAUUUUUGGUGUGAAGUGCAGGUUCUUUAUGAACAAGAUGAAAGUUGUUAGUGGUUUGUUUCAUUAGAUGAUGGGAUAGCUUUGAUAUUGGGUAACUUGUUACUGUACAGUUCUGUGGAUAUUUGAAAAUGAGGUGGUAGAUGAAGCUACAUGUAACUGUGUUACCCCGUUUCUUUCUAGCGAUGCUACAGCAAUACCUGUAUUAGCUUGCUGACAAAGGUAAGACUCAGGUGAGAACAGCAUGAAUCUCCUUUAGCACUAGUGCAGACUCGGGCUUCACAGCAUUUUGAAUGCAUCUAUGUCCAGAUUCAUCCUGUGAGGAAAAAGGUUUUAAGCUAAAGUAUUGGGAAGCAGGAACAAACAGACACAAUACCCCUGAAGAAUCUAGCAGGCAGAAGAGUAGCAACAGAUAAAGAAGAAGAAAUAAUGCUGAAGGGACCUCAUCAACUGGAAAUCUGGUCUGUUUUCUGUAACAAGUGUUAAGAAUGGCAAAGAUUUUUAAGCUGUCGUCCCUUUGUGAUACAUGCAUCAUGAACGAAUCUGCCUCUAGUGGAAAUGGUCAAGAGUUUGAUGUAUUUAGUGCUAUGGACUGGAAGGAUGGCAUAGGUACUUUGCCAGGAAGUGACCUAAAGUUUAGAGUGAAUGAAUUUGGGGCCCUGGAAGUGAUUACAGAUGAAACUGAGAUGGAAAGUGUUAAAAAGGCAACUGCUACCACUACCUGGAUGGUUCCAACUGCUCAAGAAGCCUUUUCAGAAAAGACAGGGUUCCCCGCAAGGUUGAAGGAAACUGCAAAAAUGGAUGGACUUGUUUUCUGUGAAAACUGUUACCACUAUGGUACCAUAGAAGAAUUUGUUUCCGAAGGAAAGUUUUGCAGCCAGAAAUGUGCCCAGCAAGUAAAAAACAAAGAACCAAAGGAGGAAAAGCGCAGUGUGGAAUGCAAUGGGGAAGAUGAUUCCAAAGGCAUUCGGAAAAGAAAAGCAAAGUUACCUCUCAGAGAAGAGUCCAGGGAUAAUGGGGAGAAGAAAGAGAAUCCUGAUGAAACUGAAGACAAACCUGAAGGAAGGAUCUUGAGAGUCUCACAGAGAGCCAGGAGAAAAAGAAAAGGGGAAAUAACAGUUUUGAAGCAAACUAUAUCCUCUAAAGGAAGGCAAGCAUGGUGUUGGGCAUCCUAUCUGGAGGAAGAAAAAGCUAUUGCAGUACCUACUAAGCUUUUUAAAGAGUAUCAGUCUUUCCCAUACAACAAAAAUGGAUUUAAAGUAGGGAUGAAGCUGGAGGGUGUGGAUCCUGAGCACCAGUCGAUAUACUGUGUUCUCACAGUGGCUGAGGUUUGUGGCUACAGAAUACGGCUCCAUUUUGAUGGAUACCCAGAUUGUUAUGAUUUCUGGGUGAACGCUGAUUCUUCAGACAUUCAUCCUGUUGGAUGGUGUGAGAAAACAGGUCACAAGCUUCAUCCACCGAAAGGAUAUAAGGAAGAAGAAUUCAGCUGGCCCUCAUACCUAAAGGCAUGCAAAGCUCAAGCUGCUCCUAAAUCACUGUUUGAAAACCAGAAUGCAACAGUGAUUCCGUCGGGAUUUCGAGUGGGGAUGAAGCUGGAAGCCGUAGACAAGAAGAACCCGACUUUCAUUUGUGUUGCUACGGUAACAGACAUGGUGGACAAUCGUUUUCUGGUUCAUUUUGACAACUGGGAUGAGAGUUAUGACUACUGGUGUGAGGCAGCUAGCCCACAUAUUCAUCCUGUUGGAUGGUGUAAAGAGCAUAAAAGAACUCUCAUCACCCCGCCAGAUUAUCCACAUGCUAAGCAUUUCUCUUGGGAGAAGUAUUUGGAAGAAACCAGUUCAUUACCUGCACCUGCAAGGGCUUUUAAAGUGAAACCUUCUCAUGGCUUUCAGAAAAACAUGAAACUUGAAGUGGUUGACAAGAGAAAUCCAGUAUUUAUCAGAGUAGCAACCAUUGUAGAUACUGAUGACUAUAGAAUAAAAGUCCAUUUUGAUGGCUGGGAUAGCAUAUAUGAUUAUUGGACUGAUGUAGAUAGCCCUGACAUCCAUCCUGCAGGCUGGUGUACAAAAACUGGACACCCUCUUCAGCCCCCGCUUACUCCCUUGGAAUUGGUGGAAGCUUUAGAGCAUGGAGGGUGUCCCAUAACAGGAUGUAAAGGAGUUGGACACAUUAAAAGGGCAAGACAUAUUGGCCAUCAUAGUGCAGUCAGCUGCCCGUAUUCAGAGAUGAACUUGAACAAAGAAAGCCUCUUACCUGAUCGGUUGAGCGGGGAGAUGCCUGCAGCCAGUCCUGUCCCCAGAAACAGAAAAGUGGAAGCAAGUGAAAGAUCCACUUCUCCUGUAAUCAAUGAUAGAAAAUGCCCCAGCCCUGGUCACAUAGGUUUGAAAUCUUCAGCUCACAAUCGAUCAUCUGGGAAAACCAUGCCAGAAACAACUAAGCAGGAAGAAGCAGAAAGUAAAUCUCCUUGCAAGAAGUCCCUACUAUGUGAUGUGAAAGAAAAGAAGGCACCUGGUGGAGUACUACAAAUGAAGGACUCCAUAAAGAACAAAGAAUGUGAAGAGGAGGAGACAGAAAAUAAGCUGCUCAUUUCAAAUGAAAUUAAAGAUGUUGAAGAGCCCAGCACACAGAGGCUUCUUUCUCAACCAGUUAUUGUGUCUUCCAAGUUGCAAAUCCCCGGGCUACCUUUGCGCUGGGAACAGCAGAGCAAACUCCUUCCAAGUGUAGCUGGAAUCCCAGCCAGUAAAGUUUCUAAGUGGAGUACAGAUGAGGUCUCUGAAUUUAUACGGAGUUUACCGGGAUGUGAAGAACAUGGGAAGGUGUUCAAAGAUGAGCAAAUUGAUGGAGAAGCGUUUCUGCUAAUGACCCAAUCAGACAUAGUCAAAAUAAUGAGCAUUAAACUGGGACCAGCCCUAAAAAUCUUUAAUUCCAUUCUGAUGUUCAAAGCUGCAGAGAAAAACUCACACAAUGAACUUUGAAGAGAAUGGAAAUGUGUACGGAGUCAGCUUUCUCCACUGGAGUUCAUGUUUUAUUCAAAGCACAAAGACUUGCUAGAACUAUUGACUAAGGACUCUCAGAAAGGAAGAAACAUAUGUUCAGCACUGGUGAACUGUUUAUAUUCUCCUGGAGCCAGUAAACAUUUGAAUCCUUCUGGGAACUGUUCAAGCUUUUGAGAAGGUACUGUUUAACAACCGAGUCAGCUAGUCUUAUUUACCAAACUGAUGGCGCUAGUUCUCCAAUGAUGGUUAGGAUCCCUAAGUUUCUCUGGACAUCAAGAAAACCUUCAUGAAUUAUUUAUGCUGUAUUAUAUAAGGGAAUGUUAAUAUUUUAUAAGAAUUCUUAAAUUUACUUCAUGUACCCAUUUACUUUUCAGAAGCUUUUACUUCAUACUAUAAAACAAAACCUGAAUAGCCAAAAGUUAGGCUACAGGUAGCCAGAUGAGACUGUUAUGGCUAAUACCUAUGUGCCAUAAUUUAAAAAUGAAACACAAUGUUACAUAUGUGACACUUUAUGCUACAGCAUAUAACUUUACAGAUUAUAAAAAUGUCCGUUUGCUUGUAACAAAACAAACCUUGUUGAGGUUGAAAUUAUAAUACUUUUUUGAUAACUGAAUGUUUUUACUUUUGCACGAUUACAAAAAUGUUAUGUGAGUUUUUCCACCAGCAUCUUUAAUGUAUUUUACCAAAAUAUCAGUAUAGAGAAGGCUGCAACUGAAAAAUAAACUUUGACUUCAUAGAAGACUUUUUGUUAAUGCUGCACAAUAGAGUCCCAGCCUUUCACAUGGAAACUUACUACAGUCCUUUAGCACAUCAAGGAAAAUACAUGUAUAUUGAGGUAAGGACAUUAGCAAAAAAGAAGGUAGAAUCAUUCAUGUAUGCAUGUGCCAGUCUCCAGUGUAGUUACCACAACAGUGGAGAAAACCAGGGUGCCAAAGGUAGGAUGGCUACUCUGGCUUCAUAUUCAACAUAAGUUUGUUUUCCCAAUGGUGAAGAACUAUUUCACCCACUACUUCCUAGUUGGAAAGUCUGAUUAUAAACAAAUAAGGCAUAGGGGGAAACAUAAAGCGUGGAGGAAAAGGAUACUUAAACGCAUAUGGUGCAUCAGCACAUUCUAGGUGUAAAAUGCAUGCAUUUUACUGGGUCAUUAGCAGGCUGCAAAUGCUGUCAGCAAGUACUUAGGUGAGGCAACCUUCCUUCUUGGAGGAUUAUUGUAACGAUUUGUCAGGGAAAGUUGUUGCACUUGGUAUAUAUAAGAUGUAAACCAGAUGCACUUUAAAUGGGAGAAAGCCUAGCUAUGUGUAUACUGAAGACUGUUCCAGAAUACUACUUUUGCAAGAAAGAGAAGAGUUGGAUCAGGAUUUUUGGCAGCCCUCUUAGUGCUGUGGUGGGCAGUUGCUCAGCCUUUAGAGCUGAGAACAAACAGCAUUUCCGUUGCACAGAGCUGGGAGAAUUUUGCAUCUUCCCACAGAUUUUGCCUGGCUGUUCUUUGGCUGGAGUUCCUUAAGAUUUCAAGAACACUCUGUGCCCUUUCCAGAUCAUGUAAGUGAUUGGUACCUGCCAUAAUAGGAGGUAAAACAGGGUCAGUAUGAAGUAAGUUGCAUUGCUCUGUUAAUUUCCUUCCAUAGCAUUGCAUAAUGUUUUUUACAUUUUGUUCAAUAUUUGUACAUUCAAAUUGCACUCUUAUUGUACUACAUUACAAAUAAAACCUGAACUGGAGCUGUCU